CGCCUCAGCGGGCCAAGCUGCUGUCAGCUUCCUUAGCGCUGGUCGAUACGCUGUGUAUGCUGAGCGGCUGCGUCCGCCCGCUGCUGCACGUCCUGGGCCUUCGUUUCCCGUUCGUGAUCCGCCGGUCGCUUUUCCUCCGCCCUCAGCGCCUCAUGAAGCCGCUGGUCGUGUUCGUUCUUGGCGGUCCCGGCGCCGGCAAAGGGACCCAGUGCGCCCGCAUCGUCGAGAAAUAUGGCUACACACACCUUUCUGCAGGAGAACUUCUUCGUGAUGAAAGGAAAAACCCAGAUUCACAGUAUGGUGAACUCAUUGAAAAGUACAUUAAAGAUGGAAAGAUUGUGCCAGUUGAGAUAACCAUCAGUUUGUUAAAGAGGGAAAUGGAUCAGACAAUGGCAGCCAAUGCUCAAAAGAAUAAAUUCUUGAUUGAUGGGUUUCCAAGAAAUCAAGACAACCUUCAAGGCUGGAAUAAGACCAUGGAUGGGAAGGCAGAUGUAUCUUUUGUUCUGUUUUUUGAUUGUAAUAAUGAGAUCUGUAUUGAGCGAUGUCUUGAGAGGGGAAAGAGUAGUGGUAGGAGUGAUGACAACAGAGAGAGCUUGGAAAAGAGAAUUCAAACCUAUCUUCAGUCAACAAAGCCAGUUAUUGACUUAUAUGAAGAAAUGGGGAAAGUCAAGAAAAUAGAUGCUUCUAAAUCUGUUGAUGAAGUUUUUGAUGAAGUUGUGAAGAUUUUUGACAAAGAAGGCUAACUCUAAACCUGAAAGCAUCCUUGAAAUCAUGCUUGUAUUGCUUUGAUAGCUGCUAUUACAAUCCCUUUUUAAGGCAAUUUUAAUCUUUCAUAACUACAUCACAGUUAGUGGCCAGAAAGUAUGUAGUAAGACAAAUUAAAUUUUUUAUCUUUAAUUUUUUUUUGUCACAAGAGUAGACAGUGAAUUUGGGUCUAACUUCAUCUUAGCUAUGGUGCUCACAAAACAAAGAAGGGCAUUAGCUAGUUCUUUGUUUUUAUUCGGUAAGAAUAUCCCUUUUGUAGUUGUACCUUUUGUGAGCAAAACUGCUUAGUAUAUGUAUAUCCCUUUAAUAAUUACGGUGUGUCAGGAUUAGGGAUUCCUCACUUUCUCUUUUUCUCAUAGGUUUUAAAUUUCCAAACUGUUAAGUGAAUUUGUGGACCAAAUUCCAAAGGAACUUUUUGUGUAGUUAGUUCUUGCACAAUGUGUUUGGUAAACAAACUCAUAAAAUGAAUUGCUAGAAAUAUUUUAGUAUUUAUCCAGUAACUGACCAUAUCCUAUAGAAAGGUAAGAAAACUUAGGCUACAUUUUAGUUUUACUACAACUUGUACACAGUUGUGUGACAGGGCAUAGUUUUUGCUUCCAGGGAUUGGGAUGGGGGUACUGGGGGUUCAGAGCCUGGCAGAAUUGUCAGCUUUAUUCUGACAUAAAUCUGAGGGUAAAGGGCAAGGAGCACAUCUAAUAACAUGUGUUCCUUAUGCUCUGUUAUAUAGUGUUAUUAAUGAUUAAGUUGAUCUCAACAAAAUUCCUAGCAUUGCAACUUUGAAAUGCAUGCACUAGAUUUAUGGUAAAAUGGGGGUUUUGGGUUUGUUUUCUAGACUAAAUAUAAGGUUAGUAUAAAGUAGAAGGAAUCUAAUGGUUAAAUUUCUCAUUUGUAUUUUAUUUUCUUGAAUAUUUUUUUCAUAGUUAUUUGUUUAAGAAGAUUUAAAAAUCACUGCACUUUGGUCAGAAAAAUAAAUAUAUCUUAUAAAUGUUUGAUUCCCUUCCUGGCUACUUUUAUUCAGUAAAUUCUUUUUUUGGCAUCAUGUUGAAGCAUGGAAAGGUACAGAAUAAAAAAGAAGGCUGUAGAGCCCAAAGAAAUUUUUUCUUAAAUCUAUUCUUCCUUUAAACAUCUCUGAGGAAUUUUCUCCUUUCUUUUUUUCUGCCAUCACCAGUGCCAAGUGGUAUUCAGCGGUUCUUACUAUGAGACUUAUUAAAAUGUUUCUUAUCUUCACCUUUUUGACUUUGUAUAAUUAUUAAUAUAAUUAAAUUUUUAUAUUUAGAACAAUUGGGAAUAGUGAGGACAAUUUGUGGAUAUUCUUAUACGGGGCCGGGCAGAAGUAGUUUAUAGCUGUUCAUAUGGAAAAAGACAUGCAGGUCAUCAUUAUUACAAUAGCUUUAUUAGCUUCCACAGACACUCACAACUGUAAACCUACUUUUGCCCACCUCUGUAUUGUAAUAGAUUUAUUUAUUUCUAUGUGUUAUGAAAUUCACUUAUCAAUGAUGAAUUUACAAUGUAUUUGCCAUUAUAAAAACAAAGUAUCCAUAAGUACUCUAACAUAUCAGCCACCAAAAUUCAUAUUGACAUCUUGGUUUCUUGGAAGAGGUUGAAAGAAUUCUUAUCUAGUAGGUCGGUCCAGCCAGGACAGAGGGUUUAUGGGCAUUUAACCAAAUGGCUAUAGUGCAAAGCAGGAGCAAAGACUUAAGGGUUGAGUGAUUCCUACUCACAGGCGUGAAGGAGCCCGUCAGAUGCGGACCUCAAUAAAUAUUUACAUUGGUAUUGUGGAAGCAGCCGUAACUUAAGGAUUUUAAAGAUUGGUGAGACUAGGUGCUUUGCUUCCUUUCAUCAGAUAUCUUUCUGUGGCAUUUGAGAACAAGAACCAAGAAACGUAAUAAUUACUAAAUUAUGCUUUUUGUUUGCUUUUUAAGUAGAAAAACGUAGCAAUAUCAAGUUUAGGAACUGAUUGAGAUACACCUGACUUCACUAGUUAGGUCAUUCUGCUUGUUAAAGAUAUGUCACCAAUAAGUUUUUGACUGUCUUGGAAGACCCCAGUGGAAGCCUUGCUAUUAAAAAAAAUGAAUUAAUUAACAUUAUUUCCAUUCAGUGAUGUUGGAUAUAUAUGAAUUAUUUGUGAAUAAUCUCAAUAAAUUUUGUGCUAUGGC